GUCACAACCUGCCCAAUAUAGAAUUCUGAGGCUGUCACAAACUUCACAGACAAAACCAAAAAAAAAACGAAAAGAAAAACAACUCUCAAAACCAGUCACAAAAGCAAAUCAUCACCAUCAUAAACAUUUAUUUAUUCAUAUCCUUCCCUAUUAUGCUUAUGCCUCCUGCAUGCUACUGCUUCAUGAAGUACUAAUUAUCACUAUCAAAAUUUUCCUGAAAAAACCAUCUGGCUUUGUUUCACUUGGAUUUUUGCUAUUUUUCUCCACAAUAAUUCAAAACUAGUUGAGCUUGUUAAUUACCUAGCCUUGUUGAUUUGUCUAGUUCUGUGUUUUUUUUUUUGGUAUCAAAGAAAAAUAUGUUUCGUAAGGUUCAUGCUGGCAUGGAGAUGGAAAUGUCUGGAAAUGGGGAGUCUGGGAAAGAAAUGGUGAAUAGUGAAAAGAGUUACAUGCAAGUGUUUGUUGAGAAGACUAAAAGAUAUCCAGGUUUGGUAUGGAAGACUAUAUGGAAGGUGGGAAAAGAAGACCCUAGAAGGGUGAUUCAUGCUCUGAAAGUAGGUCUGUCAUUGACACUGGUUUCUUUAUUAUAUCUGAUGGAACCAUUGUUUGAAGGGGUUGGACAGAAUGCUAUUUGGGCUGUCAUGACUGUGGUUGUGGUGCUCGAGUUCACUGCAGGGGCAACCUUGUGCAAAGGGCUGAACAGAGGACUUGGAACCUUGUUAGCAGGAUCAUUGGCAUUUUUCAUCGAGUAUAUUGCCAAUGAUUCCGGUCAUACUCUUCGAGCUGUUUUCAUUGGAGCUGCAGUCUUCCUUAUAGGAGCUGCAGCCACAUACAUGAGGUUCUUUCCCUAUAUAAAGAAGAAUUUCGACUACGGCGUUGUCAUAUUUCUGUUGACAUUUAAUCUGAUUACCGUGUCAAGCUACCGUGUAGACAAUGUGCUGAAGCUUGCUCAUGACAGAUUCUAUACCAUUGCAAUAGGCUGUGGAAUAUGCCUGCUAAUGAGUCUACUUAUAUUUCCAAAUUGGUCAGGAGAAGACCUGCACAAUUCCACAGUUUUCAAGCUCGAAGGCUUAGCAAAGUCCAUAGAAGCCUGUGUGAAUGAGUAUUUCAGUGAUGCUGAAAUAAAAGAAGAAACUCAUGAUAAAACGAAGGAGGAUCCUAUAUAUAAAGGUUUCAAGGCUGUUUUAGACUCAAAAUCAAAUGAUGAGACCAUGGCUCUACAUGCAAGUUGGGAACCAAGGCAUUCUAGACAUUGUUAUAGAUAUCCAUGGCAGCAGUAUGUUAAAUUGGGAGCAGUUCUUCGCAAUUUCGGAUACACUGUUGUAGCUCUGCAUGGAUGCUUGAGAACUGAAAUUCAGACCCCACGAUCUGUUCGAGCUCUAUUUAAGGAUCCCUCUGUUCGACUUGCCAGAGAAGUAUCAAAAGGACUAAUGGAACUAGCCAAUAGCAUAAGAAGUCGCCGCCAUUGUUCCCCUGAGAUACUCUCUGAUCAUCUCCAUGAAGCUUUACAAGACCUCAACAAUGCCAUAAAAUCCCAACCAAGACUAUUCCUUGGCUCCAACAGCAACCAAGCAACCAACAUGCUAGCCCUGGCUGCUGCACACGCCAGCCAAAAGCAUGGCUCCGGUAUCUCAUUAUCAAGCGUGAAAACAGACUCCUCAGCACUACUAGAAUGGAAAUCGAAAAGGGUCUCCGAGCAAUCAAAGGAAAAUGAAAGAAAAGUUUUGAGACCACAAGUAAGCAAAAUUGCAAUCACUAGCCUUGAGUUCUCAGAGGCACUUCCUUUUGCUGCUUUCGCAUCUUUGCUAGUGGAGACAGUGGCAAAGCUUGAUCAUGUUAUAGAAGAAGUUGAAGAAUUGGGAAGGUUAGCAUGCUUCAAAGAGUAUGAACAUGGUGAUGAGCAUAUUACAGUGACUUGUGAGAUACCGAGAGUUGAUGUUUCUCAGAAUCAUUUGGCUUCUCAUGGAGCAGACUAAUGGGUAUAUUGGUUUAGGAUCAUACAUGCUGUUGUUUGCAGUGGCUGGCUUUUACUUGGAAUUGAAGUUUUAGAUUUGUAAUCUAGGUGGCAUUUUACGUGAUUCAUAUCUAUAUAUCACAGAAUAAUUAAGCCAAAAGUAAUUUUGGGAUGAGAGCUAUUGAUUUUCUAGCUGAUUUAGAUUAGUAUUUGGGUUUUAAACAUAUUCGUUUGUUUUCAUUACACAUAGAGAUUUUAUUUUAUUCUAUUUUAAUUUUUUUUUAAAACUCAUUGGACAUGGAGAUUUAUUAAUAAAAUCUUACAACAUUUUCCA